AUGCGGCUAUCCCUCCUCGCCCUCCUCGCAGCAGCGACAGCAGCGUACGCCGCCGACUCCACACGGCAAGAGUACACGCUGUACCACCGCGUGCUCUCGGCCGGCGCGGCGCCCGAGUUCGAGCACCGCGGAACCGUCAGCCUGGACGGCUUCAGCGCCGCGCUCGACCAGAGCAAGCUCAAGCCCGUGUCUGCCGACGAAGGGCAGUGGUACCAGGUUGCUCUUGGCGUCGGUGACGAGCUGCUCACGGCGUCAACGCGCGCGGUAUGUGGCGUGGCUGAGUGCCUUUGCAUUCCUGUCCUGCAGCUGGCUGACGCGACGACACAGUGCUUUGCCAGCGACGAUGCCUUCCUCACCCUCCACUUGACGGACGGCCGGCCAACGUCCAUCGAGUACAAGGGCGCGCGGACGCCCGCGUCGGGCGCGUGCCCCCUCACGCCCGAGGCGCACGGCUCAGGUCUGGUCAACGUCCGCGUCGAAGGCGCGCAGAAGGUGUUCGGCCCCGCGCUCGUCGCCCCCGCCGCGCCCAAGCUCGACGCUACGGGCCAGCCCGAGCCGCCGGUGGAAGAAAAGACGUUCUUGCAAAAGUACUGGUUUGGCAUUGUCUGCGCUUUGCUGUUCAUCGCGACCAACCUCGGCGAGGAGCCGAAGAAGGACGGACAGGGGCAGGGCCAGCCGGCGGCGCGUGCAUAGGUAGAGGCGGCAUAGAUGGACGAGUUAUGUGGUUUUG